AUGGCUGCUCGAAUUGAAGGUUCAAUUGAAGACCGCGCUGUUGGUGUUCUAGGUGGUGGUCAAUAUGGCCGAUUGCUCAGCGAAGCCGCGAGUCGACUGUCUAUACCCGUUCUGGCCCUUGAUCCCUCCCCAGCAGCUCCCACCAAGCAGAUCAGCGCCGCAUCUCUCCUCAACUCGUCUCUUACACAUGUUGAUGGCUCUUACACCAAUCCAAACGACAUUCAUUCUCUAGCUGAGCGAGUCGAUGUCCUCACAGUCGAGAUCGAGCAUGUGGACGUACAGGCACUCUUCCAGAUCCGUGACAAAUAUUCCACCACUGGCGGUAACUUAGGAAAAGGCAUCGAGAUAUUCCCGUCUCCAGAAACGAUCGCAAUUGUUCAAGAUAAGUUGCUUCAGAAGCAGCUCUUGAGGAAAGCAGAUAUUCCAGUUGCUGAUUUCAUCGACCUUCCGGAUCCAACCGUUGAGAGCGUUUCCCAAGCAGCCAAGACACUUGGCUUGCCACUGCUACUCAAAUCUCGCAGGCAAGCUUAUGACGGUCGAGGGAACUUCUUGAUCCGUGAUCUUGACGACGUUCAGCUUGGCUUGGACAAACUCAAGGCUCCGCUCUUUGCUGAACGUUACGCGACGAAUGUUACCCAUGAGGUCGUCGUGGUCCUCGUGCGUAAUGCUAAAGGCGAAAUUCGAAGCUAUGGAGCAGUUGAGAAUGUUCAUGCUGGAAAGAUUGGCCAUCUUGUUCGCGCUCCUCUGAGACAGGGAGGAAAAGACGUAGCCAUUCGCGCACAAUCGAUAGCAGAGAAAGUUAUCAGUUCACUGCCUGAUGGUGCCGUCGGCGUAUUUGGUGUAGAGUUCUUCCUGUUAGAUGACGGAGCAUUAUUUGUCCAUGAGAUCGCCUCUCGUCCACACAGCUCUGCUCACUAUACCGUCGAAGCCUGCGAGACAUCGCAAUACGAGAACCACCUCCGUGCCAUUCUUUCACUUCCACUUGGCAGUACGGAAUUGAAGGCUCUCUCGGCCGCAACGUUAAACCUGCGCAGCACGCCUGAGACCGCUGAAGAAGUUCGUUCCGUCAAGGAGGCACCAGGAAAAGCCGAUUCUCCCAAGGGACGUAAGAUCGGCCAUAUUACUGUGGUUGGCCCCUCCGAUGCGGACGUUAAUGAUCGCAUCCAUAAGAUCAUAGGAUCCUUCAACAAUGACCCUCUUGUUCCAAAGCCGCUCAAGUCUCAUCCGCUGCCGCUCGUGUCGGUGCUAAUGGGCUCCGACUCUGAUCUGCCUAGUAUCCGCGAUGCAGCUCGCAUCCUAGAUCAGUUCAAGGUGCCAUUCGAGACUCGUAUCGUCUCUGCCCAUCGUACCCCAACGCUCAUGAACGACUUUUGCAAGGAGGCUGCUUCUCGCGGCGUCCGCGUCAUUAUCGCUGGUGCUGGAGGCGCUGCCCAUCUCCCAGGAAUGAUAGCAUCUGAAUCGAACCUGCCCAUUAUCGGUGUUCCCGUCAAGGGCCCCACGCUUGACGGUGUCGAUUCUCUUCAUUCUAUUGUUCAAAUGCCGAGAGGAGUUCCAGUCGCUACUGUUGGAAUUAAUAAUUCCACCAAUGCAGCCUUGCUUGCGAUCCGCAUUCUCGCUAUCACUGAUCCAAAAUAUGCCAUUGCGAUAGAGGAGUACAGAGCGAAUAUGGAGCAAGUGGUGCUGCAGAAGGGAGAAAGACUGAAUGAGCUUGGCUGGACAUUGGAUGGUGGGAAAUAGCCGUAGCUUACGAAAGUAACAAAGAGCACAGACUUCAGAGAGAAUAAUGCCAAAGAUUUAGUCUUCCACUAAGUAUGUGGGGUAACUAUCGAAACAAUAGGAUCUUUGUCCGGUUAAGCUUCGCCCCAAAAU